CGUCGCUUCAAAAGAUCGCCAACAACAACAAAAUGACGAAUCCUUCCGAAGAAGAAUUUAAGCCGGAUGGCGCUGCCUUCGACGACUACUUUGAAAGUCUAGGUAAGAAGGCAGAACACCUUACGAUCAACGAACAGAAUGGGACACAAAUCGCCACCAACGGCGCGCCUGCCCAACCAGCCGAAGAAGAUCAAAAAGUCGUGGAUGAAAUAGAGUCUCUUUGUAUGAACUGUCGUGAAAAUGGAAUUACACGUUUACUACUCACUCGAAUACCCUACUUUCGCGAGAUCAUCAUCAUGUCAUUCUUCUGUCCACACUGCAACUUCAAGAACUCCGAGAUCCAGUCUGCUGGCGAGAUCCAGCAGAAGGGCGCUAGAUACGAACUGCGUCUGACGGCUCCUACGGACUUCGCGCGACAAGUUGUCAAGUCCGAUACCUGCGUCGUGAAAUUUAUCGAGUUGGACAUCGAGGUCCCAGCUGGACGAGGACAGUUGACGAAUGUCGAGGGUCUACUCAGCAUGAUACUUGAAGACCUCGAGCUUCAACAGCCCCAGCGAAAAGAACAGAUACCGGAGGUCUGGGCCAAGAUCGAGGAAAUUAUUGCGAAAGGACGGAAGAUGAUUGCUGGAGAGAGCUUCCCUUUCCGAGUGUCCCUCGAUGACCCGGCAGGCAAUUCAUGGAUAGAGCCAGAUCAAAAGGAUGGUGUAGGGAAGUUGUUGAAGACCGAGUAUGCGCGGACGGCGGAGCAAAAUGAAGCCCUGGGGUUGGGUAGCGGCGAAGAGGAAGCAGCAAAUGCAGCAGUACAACCGAAUGCAGCAAGCCUUGAGGACGAUGAGAUUAUCCCCAACGAAGUGUACUCCUUCCCGGCCACAUGUCCCGGCUGCAACCGACAUUGCGUAACCCAUAUGAAGAUGGUCGAGAUCCCGCAUUUCAAGCAAGUCGUCAUCAUGAGCACCGUAUGCGAACACUGCGGCUACCGCUCCAACGAAGUCAAGACUGGUGGCGAAGUGCCCGAAAAGGGGAAGAUGAUCACACUCAAAGUUGAAGGGGCCGUUGAUCUUGCAAGAGAUAUCCUGAAAUCCGAAUCCUGCGCUCUCGAGUGCCCAGAGCUGAAACUUUCAGUCACUCCCGGCACGCUUGGAGGCAGGUUCACUACGGUUGAGGGUCUACUCACCCAAGUCCGGGACGAUCUGCACCAACAAGUUUUCGAUGUUGGAGAUGAGUCUGGUGGUGAUUCUUUACCUUCGGAGGCUAAGGAGAAUUGGAAGGCGUUCUUUGAUGGCAUUGAUGCGGCUAUCAAAGGGGAGCGGAAGUUUACUGUUAUCUUGAAGGAUCCUCUGGCUAGUAGUUACGUGCAGAAUCUGUGUCUGCCAGACGAUGAUCCGCAGAUCCAGACAGAGGACUACGAGAGAACGGCAGAGGAGGAAGAAGACCUGGGACUGGCUGAUAUGAAGGUUGAGGGGUAUGAGGAUGAAGUUGGAAAUGAGAAGAAGCGGUUAGAGGCCGAGAAGGCCGCCGAAGAGAAUAACGAUUGA